AAUUUGUUCAACUAAUUGUUUAUAAUUAAGUGAACAUCAUAAUUUAAAAUAGUUAGCUCCCGUAUUUUUCAUAAUUUAAUAAGUGUCUGCGAUAUUUUUUAGUUACAUAUACCCACAUACUAUAAAAUAUAUUUGUACCAUUACUAUGAUGUUGCAAAUAAAAUUAAUCUAAAUAAUUAACUUCACAUGAAAAGUUUUAAACUUUAAGUAUAAAGGUUUACAAGAAGGUAGUUCAUCAAAACUUAAGAGAAAAUAAAACAAUAAUAACUAAUAUUUGUUCUACAAAUAUGUAGUGUUGGGUUCAUUACAAAUUACACAAAUUAUAUAAUAGGAAUAUUCAAAAGGUUAUAUUUAUUAGUAGGUAUUUGCUAUUAUAUUUAUUUAAUUAUUUCAAAAUCAAAACCAAAAUUUAAAAAGUCAACCAGCAAAGCACGCGUGCAUGAUCUAGUAAACUUAAAAUAUCACAAUUUGUAGACAAAUUAUUUGGUGUUAAUGCUUGUCAAGAGGGUUUGAAUCCCACAUCUAAUAACUAGGUCCACUAAGUUUGUCAAUUAGUUUUGAGUUGAAUGCUCUAACAUGAUAUCAGAUUUGGGCCUUAGAUGGUUAGUGAACCAAGUCUCUUACCCAUUUGAAUUACCAAGUAUGCAUGUUUUUGCGUUUCUUUGUUGACCUCACUUGCGAGCCCGGGUCCUAUGUAAGGGAGGGUAUUGAGGGAGCUUAAAUCCCACAUCGAGUAAUUAGGACCACCAAAGUUUAUUUAUAAAAAUACUUGAGGGGUCACUUCAUCCAUUGUCAAUUAGUUUUUAGUUGGAUGUUCCGACAAUGCUUACUCCUUUAGCUAUUGUACUAGUGCUUUUGCUAUUUAAUGGCACUGCAGAUAAUUUGAGUGGCAGUAUUGAUGAGCCGGUGGAAGAUGGGGACACUGCUCUUCAUCUGACCUGUCUAUAUGGCUAUCUCCCUUGCGUCCAGUUAUUGUUGGAAAGGGGGGCUUGCUUGGAGGCUAAGGAUGAAGAUGGUGCCCUUCCUCUGCAUGAUGCUUGUGCAGGAGGAUUUACAGAGAUAGUUCAACUUCUAAUCCAUACCUCUAAUGAUCCGGUGUGUGUGAAGAGAAUGCUAGAAUCAGUCGAUGUAGAAGGGGAUACGCCUCUUCAUCAUGCUGCAAGAGGUGAACAUGUGGAUGUUAUAAGAUUGUUGUUAUCCUCUGGUUCUUCUCCUACUAAGACAAAUGUUUAUGGACAGAUCCCCAGUGAGCUUGCUGAUCCAGGCACAGAAGCUAAGAGAAUUUUCGAAGAGGUUUCUGGUGUUGUGGCAAGCCUUUAGGCGUAAAAUUUUUAAUUUGGUUUUGGCUGCAGCCACUUUUUUGUUGGCUUUUCAGCUACAGGUGGGUAACGUAAUUAAUUUAUAUGAGUGCUGGUCAAUUUGGUUGUCAAAUGCUUUCAAAACUUUGGUGGAACGAGAUGGAGAUAGCUUCUUUAUGAAUUGUAAUAUGAUCGUAAUUUAGGUGGUUGUCGUGUUUCUUUUAGCCUGAUCCGCAAGAAAGUUGGUCAUUAUUGUCAAGAGUAUUCAUCUCAGAAUGAUGUCUCUUUUGGAGGUUAUUUCUAAACGCGUGACUCUAUUUUGCUUGGAAAGCAAUAGAUCUGGAAUGUCUGGAGACCCAUUACAUCUCUGCUCCAGGAUUGAAUCACCUAUGUCGAUGUUACUUGGGCGUUGGGGCUGAUCAACGGUUGGUAUAAGCAGCAGUGAAGAAGCCAUUUAUGUUCGAAAAUGCACAUUGAGAAAGUACAAGCACAUUAAUUGUAAUCUUGAUGUUUGAACUGUUGCCUAUUAUCGAUAUGAGAGGUGUACUAGAUGUAGUAAAGGGUGAUUUUCUAAAACUUCCAUGCACAGAGCUCUCUCUGGUUGUUGUAGCAGCAUGAUUGUCUUGAGAAAAGUUUGAAGAGG